UCAUUCAACUUCGUUCUUUUCUUCUUCGCGACUUCGGUCGGACAAAAAAAAAAAAAAAGAAAUCGCCUAUCCGCAACAGCAUUCACAGCCCUAAUGACCGACCCAGAGCAGAAAUUAACGGCCUUGAAGAAGGCUUACGCGGAUACGAUACUGAACACGGCGAAGGAGGCGGCGGCGCGUGUGAUGAUAUCCGAGAAGAAAGCUCGUGGCUUUCAGCAAGAGCUUGCGGCGGUUAGAGAUGAGGCUCUCCGUACUUGUCUUAGGCUUAAACAGAUGUAUGAUUCCAAGGUCAAGGAGGCAGAAAGUAUUUCUUUGAAGAAGCAGCAAAAGAUUGAGGAACUUGAAGCUCAACUUGGAGAAGCUGAAGAUAUUGUAGGAGAGCUAAGGACGGAGUUACGAGAAUCACGUUCUCUCCUCGAGAAAUUGAUUAAUGAUCGUCAAACAAAUCUUAGCAACGAAGGAAAAAACACCAACGAAGCAGUUUCUUUACAAGUGCGCGAGGACUCUAGCAACCAUGAGAGAUCAGUAGUGGCUAAUGGAAUCAAACCACAUAUGAGUGACAGAUAUUUUAGUAUUAACCAUUGUUAUUAUAAAGAGAACAAAGAUCCUUGUCUUCAUACUCUUCCUUCCAUACUAAGUAGACGCAGAGAAGCUGAGACAGUAGAAAGGAAAACGGCCAGUGGAGAUUGUGCUGAUGUGGGAUCACUUACAGAAGCAAGGAAGGAAGAAGAGAAAGAGACUGAUAUUGAGCUUUGUACUACACCUUUGUCGCCUUCUGAGAAACCAUGUGUCAAAUUCUCAUAUAAGAGGAAGCGUAACAUGGAUGGAAGAGACAGGAGCAGCAGCCCUGAAAGAGGAGGUUCGUCAUCAUCACAAGAUGAUGAUGACGAUGAGAUCAGAAACAGGAGACAAAAGACUGGUGAGAAAGACAACAUUUACUUGGAUUCUUUCACCGGCACAGAACCAGCUCGUGAUAGUCGACGUGUAGCUCAGGUCGCUCGUCAGCUUUUACCAUUCUCGGAGAAGAACGUGUUGCAGCAGAGUCAGUGUGAUGAUGUUCCUUGAAUCACAAGUAUGCUUCGAAGAUCAUGUCAUGAAUUUCAUUUGAUCCAUCCGGAGGAGAAAUUAGUUGUAGUGGUACAAAGAUUGGUAGCAUAGAUACACUCAUUCUCAAAAGCUUAUAAAGCUAAUUUUUGGUCGUUAAGUUUUAGAUUUUGUUCUCACACUUGGUCGUCCGACGUCGUUUCUCUACACCUUGACUAAUCCAAAAACCACCAAUGGUGGCACGAUCACGGUACUCCGAAUCAAAGGGUAGUUUUGGAAUUCAACAAGCAUAAAUUAAUUCACAAGCCCGGCUUCGAUUCUCCGAGCCUGGAAAAAACAGAGCAAUUUCGCCUUUUUGUAAAUUCUUAUCCACCUUUUUGUAAAUUCUUGCUCUAAUGAGAAGAAAAAAGCAGAUUGCAUUA